CCCUCCAUACAAUUGUAAGGCGAUGGGGCCCAACUCUGCAGGGUAGCUCUCCGCGGCAGGAAAUCCUACCUGAUCUGAAGGCAACAACUGCAAGGUCCAGCCGCUAUAUACGCCUCCGUGCCGCGAAGCACGGGUUCACCUACAGGGCCUCGUGCCUCUCACCUGGCGCGCCUACCUGAAUGCGUAGGCGCAAUGAACAAAUCGUUCCAAACCUGCAGCAUGGAUCUAAGCAGGAUGGCGAGCAACUGAGCAAUACGUAGGAGGAGAGGGGAGGAGGGGGAGGAGGGGGAGGAGGGGAGGAGGAGGAGAGUAUGAGAUGAGACGCGGGCCACCGUCUCUUCAAAACGAGGACCCAACAUCACAAGAUGGUUGGGAACAACAUCCUCCUCGUACGCCUUUGUACCGCGUGGGGGAGGACUGCGCAGUGAAACAAAGCCUCUCGCACGCUGAAUGCCGCGUGAAGGAGGUCUGCAGAAACACGAUAUCCCUCUCGUGCACUGAUUGCCACAUGGAGGAGGGACGCAAAGAGACAUCAUCCCCUUCGUAUAUCUGUUUGUCGCGUGGAGGAGACUGCGCAUUGAAAAAUAACAUGUGCCUCUCUCUGAAUGCCACGUGAAGGAGGGCUGCAGAGUGACAAUAUCCCUCUCGUACACGGAUUGCCGCGUGGAAGAGGGAUGCAAAGAGACACAAUCCCCCUCGUACACGUUUUUGUCGCGUGGAAGAGGACCGUGCAGUGAAACUAAGCCUCUCGUGCGCUGAAUGCCGCGUGAAGGAGGGUUGCAAAAAUACGAUAUCCCCCUCGUACACGGAUUGCCGCGUGGAGGUGGGAUGCAGGGAGGGGGAGAAGGAGGAAGGGGAGGAGGAGGAAGGAGGAGGGGACUGCAACAGGUCGAACGGCUGACCAAGAA